UUUAUAAUGGCCUAAAUAAAUUAUAUUAAAUAGUUAGAAUAAACACAAAGAGAGGGUAAAAUGAUCAUUUCUUGCCUGUUUAAUUAAUCUAAGCGUCUUUAUUGGUUAUAACCUCUGACUAAUUAACUUAACAUUUUGCCUAACUAAAUAAUAAUAAUACUGUAUAUACAAACCUUGUCAAUCAACCUGACGAACUUGUCAUUGAGUCCAACCAUGUCGUCCUUCUCCCGGGACUUGCCCAUCGGGUCGAUGUUGUUGCCGGUCGGAAAGCUUUUGGUCGGUCCCGUGCUGCUGGGGGAGUAGGAUUUACUGCUGUAAUCUCUUGGUUUGGACAUAUUGCAGCUUGUCACAGCGAUCUGAAGCCUGGAGACUGAACAGGUGAGCGGUGAAUGUACCUGCAGCCCUCAGAUCAUCUGCUUUUAAAGUGGACUAGGACAACCCAUCACCUCCCCAAAACUCUGCAUGUGUCCAAUCCAGAGAGGACAAGUGCAAUAUUACAGUGAGAAAAAAAGAAAACUCAACAUGAAAUACUUGAAUUUCGACUCUGCACCAGUUUGUCCAGGAGUGAUGAGCCAAUGGCAUCAAUGGGGGCGGACGGAUGCGUAACAGCCAGGUAUAAACCUGCGUACCCUCUCAUCACAUGCAUCUCUCCAGUCUGAGACACUCUGUCACUGUUAGCUCUCUACAAUCCAGCAGCGAUCAUGCCUUCAAACACCGCCGCAAGCAUGUUUGGUGGAGCCGGGGGAAGGGGCUCCAGGGUGUCCGUGGCGAGCCUGCAGGGCCUGCGCAACGUGCUGCGCAACGAGACGGAGAGAGACUCCGCUCCCGCCGCUUCAGCCGAACCUGCCGCUGCCCUAACUCCGGCCGCUCCUGCCGCAUCCGCGGACGACAAGCAGACACUACGGGGUCUGAACGACCGGCUGUCCGGCUACCUGGGCCGGGUGAGGCAGCUGGAGAAUGAAAACGGGGACCUGGAGAAACAGAUCGAUGAAAUUUUGGCCAAGAGGAAAGCACCUGUGGGACGCGACUGGGAUGAGGCUGAGAAACCCCUGGAGGCCCUCAAGAAGCAGAUCAAAGACAUCACCAUGGACAAUGCCAAGCUGUUGCUCCAGAUUGACAACACCAAGCUGGCUAAUGAUGACUUCAAGAACAAGCUGGAGGAUGAGAAAAGGGCACGGAGGAUUUUAGAAAAAGACCUGGAGGAUCUGAAGAAGACCAAUGAGGAUACCAAGCUGAACCGGAAGCAGACACAGAAAGAGAUUGAUUUGGUGAAGGAGGAGCUUGCUCGCCUCAAGCAGGAACACAAAGAGGGGGUGGAUGCCCUUCGUGAGAAGAUCAAGGACUCUGAGGUGAAGGUGGAGAUUGAUUCCCAGAACUCCAACCUGAAUGAAAUACUCAGCAAGAUCCGCAGCCAGUAUGAUAAACUAGCCAAGAAGAACCUGAAGGAGACAGAGGAGUGGUACCAGAGCAAGUUCGAAAACAUCAAGGUGGUGGAGGCCCAAAACAAUGAGGUCUUGCAGAGUAGCAAGAAGGAGCUCAAGGAUCUGCUCAAAAGGAAACAAACUCUGGAUAUUAAGAUCCAGAGUCUGCACAGCACGAUCCACAAUCUGGAGGAAACCCUGAGGAGCACUAAAGUGGAGUAUGGUCAGCGCCUGACCCCCCUCAAUAAAGCGAUACUGGACCUUGAGGCGGAGCUGAAGGAGGUGAGGUCACAGGUGGAGCAGCACGUGGAAACCAACAACAAUCUGCUGUGCGUUAAGAUGAAGCUGGAGGCGGAAAUUGGCAACUACCAGCAACUGAUUCAUGGCAUGACAACUGACGCUGAAAGCGUGGAGUUGUCUUUAGAGGAUGCGCUGCACAGCGGCCAGCAAAAGCCUGAAGAUAAGGUACCCGAGCAGCAGGAAAGCGCUCCUGAAAUGGUGGGAGGAGACCUCAUCAAGGCUGAGGAGGUUGCUACUGAGAAGACACAGAACAACCGCCCCGCUAAAAAGAAAAAAAGCAAAAAAAAUGAGGGCUCAUCCUCUUCUUCCUCUUCUUCCUCUUCUUCCUCCUCCUCCUCCUCCUCUUCCUCUUCCGAGAAUGAAGAUGAAAAGCCCAAGAAGGAGGGUGAAGUGGCCAAAGCCUGAUCUUCAUAUCAAAAUGUU